GGAAAUGGCGUUUACGUGGGCUAAGCAGGUACGAACAACGCGUUGAGAAGUCAAACCUGUAAUCUCAUAAUUUCUCUAGACUGUAUUGUUGUCAUCAUCAUGCCCGUGUGGUGUUCUGUACCAUACUGUGCUAAUUACAAACAAGCGCAAAAACAAGGAGUGAUCUUUCACAGUUUACCUACCGGAGAUAUACCCCGAUGCCGUAAAUGGCUCGCGGCUAUCAAGAAUAAUAUUUACAAUGUCAAUACACCAGUGGCCAAGUAUCAAAACAUCCGCGUCUGUAGUCAACAUUUUCGGCCAGAAGAUUAUUUGAGGGAUUAUCAAUCUGAAUUGAUGGGGAAGCCAAAUCGACGUCAGCUAAAAAGGGACGCGAUACCAUCGGUGUUUUCCUUCACAACAAAACGGAAGACAUCAGAUCAACCAACACCAGCACAGAAGAAAAGAUCUCGAUUAGAGGUAACCUAGCCCACCUAGACCAGGUUAGCUAGUUACAGCUAACGCUGUAGUCCUGUAUUUAAUGUAUCGGCCAAAUCAACUCAAGAGUUUGCUGAAAUUCGUAUAUUUUCCACCCUCUCUGCUCAAGCCUUGCUGAUCAGAAAUUGUGAACUUGUUCCGUCUCCCGAGAGUCAGACGUUACUUCAGACGGUAUUCCCAGCAAUGUUUCAACCAUGAAAUCCUGGAGAUCCAAUAACCAUUAGCUGCUUUAAGAAGGAUUUCCAGUUUCUUAGAUUUUUUUUGUUGUUCUAACAUUGAAAUGUACAAUUAAUCACCUGCGCAAUAAACAC